AUGAGUUUCGAUGGUUUCUCCACCCACUCUCCAUCUUCCUCUCAUGUGUCCUCCUCUUUCUACGAUUUCUCGAGUCUCAGUGAUCACUCAUCUGAUUAUCGGUCAACACAAAUUUCAACCUCUCCGCAGCUGAUUUGCGUGAAAACGGAAAAGCCAAGUCCUCCACAGGCCUGGGCUCCUCCAAACUAUUCAUCCUACGAGGCGCAAACUCUGUACAGUCCUUCGCUAGCAAAUUCAGUAUCGGAUGAAGGAAAUAAUUUUACGUAUCGUCAGUUUAAAGAAGAACCUACAUAUUUCGCUGAGAGAACUGUUUUCCCGACGGCAUCUGAUUAUCAAGUUCACAGGACUUUUCCAGAUAAUAACUUGAGUCAUAAUGAUCGUACAUCACCACAACCACCAGUUGGAUUAUUGGUACCGGCUGGAGGUAAAGCUCUUCUCGUUUGCAAAGUAUGUGGUGACAAAGCUAGUGGAUAUCACUACGGCGUGACAUCCUGCGAAGGGUGCAAGGGCUUCUUUCGAAGAAGUAUCCAAAAACGAAUGGAGUAUCGUUGUUUACGAGAUGGAUCGUGUCCUAUUUUCAAGCAAAACAGAAACCGUUGCCAAGCCUGCCGAUUCAAAAAAUGCGCCGUAGUUGGAAUGUCAAGGGACUCAGUGCGCUUUGGAAGAGUACCAAAACGAUCUACUAAAGAAGUGAUUGAUGUAGAUACAUCAGAUUCAGACGAGAAACAGGAAGUCUCCUCCACCACUUCUCCAGAACCGUCGAAAACUGAGCUAAACCAGCUUAUACAGAUGGUCUACGUAGCCCAUGAAGAAUUCGCGGCUAUGACGAUCAAGAGGCGGCACAUCUUAUCAGAACACCCAUUAGAUUUCCUUCUUGCCGAUACAUCGCUGACAACUCAAUUGCGUGCUUGGGAAAUCUAUACAGAACGAGUCACUCUCGACAUCCAUAAGACGGUUGAAUUUGCAAAACGAGUGCCGGGAUUCCCUUCCUUGCAUUCUGGUGAUCAGCAAGCCCUGAUCAAGUCAUCAUUCUUCCGUAUGUUUCUGUUGAGAAUUUACCGUGGUCUCUCUUCUCGUGGUCUUCUACUUGCCGAUGGAACUUUCUUACCGUCGUCUUUCUUAAACAUGAUCUUCGGACAGUUUCUCAAUGAACUGAACGCUUUCGCUCAAUCGAUAAGUACUUUAAGUGUGAGCGAUGAGGUUGUAGCUGUUUUCGUCGCGAUUCUCCUUACAACAAAAGAAAAUAUCUAUUACCAUUCGAAAAUCGAGGUAGACCGCAUCCAAAAUAAGCUAGUGUCAGCGAUGAAGCUAAAGCUUAGUGAGGAGUCUCCGGAUCCGGUUAUCUUUGACUUGUUGAUGUCAAAAAUAUGCUAUCUUCGAGAACUAGCAACACAUCAUGAUAAGAUUCAUGAUGUGCUCAGAUACAACCUCUCCAUCGUCAAAAUACCAGCACUCUACUCAGAAAUCUACUACCUGGAGCACCGCUGA